AUAAGAGCGUUUCUUUUUUUUUUUGUUUGAUAUAAUUGUUAUAGUAAUUGUCAACCUUCUCAUAUACAAACGCAACGCCUAAUUAUCUACAUCUUUCUAUAUAUCGAUUUGGUAGUUACUAGGAGGUUAAAUAGGUUUAGAAAACUUUCCUGCCAAUUUCAUUGGUCUUUGAGCCAAUUGUCUAUUACUACAGUAUAGACAAUUGGCAGAUAGAAAAGCAGUCUUCAUUGUCAAAGUUGUCAGUAGGUAGUGUGAAUAUUUAACUGAAAACCAAUAUUCUCUCACUGUUGAGAAAGUGCAGAGAUUAUAGCUAUAAAGUGAACAAUUUAUUGUACUUAAGUAUUACUCUUCUUUUAAAUGAUUAGAAACUUACUAAAUUUGCUAUCUCUUUCCAAGUCGACGUUUGUAAUUUUUGUCUUGUCAAUGAAUGAGAUUAUUGGUAUAAUAGAUGAAAAGGACUAUAGAAGUUCUAUUGCAAACGGAAAUUCUCACAUAGAAGUGAGGGCUGUGUUUAUCAACUGCCGACUUGAUGAGAGUCAAGGUGACACUGGCGAUGGAGUCAAGCGAUUUCAACUAGAGCAAUUGUUCAAAUACAAUGUCUUGAGUGAUUGUGAGAAGAAAUUAGCACUUACUGUCAAAUUAUCUAGUGAUCCUUCUCAAAAUUUCGGCAUUGAUGACGAGUACAUUCCUAUUGAACACGUUUUCGAUGGAUCCAAUAAGAAACGAGUACGACUCCUCAAUCCAUACGUGUUGCGGCUGCGUCGUGAAAAACCACUCCAAGCAUACAAAAUAAGACGACUUGAUACUGUUAGUGGUAUUAUAAUUAAUUCUGAUAAAGAAAACGCAAAAAAUAAAUCAGCGUACCAUACCUCUACAUCACUCAGUUUAUCAAGACAAAAUACAUUACAGAUUCGCCACCGUGUACGACGUAAUAAUAAUUCCUUAAUAACUGAUAAACAAUCUGAAAGUAUGGGAUUAGAUUGCCAAUUACGCAUUCGUUCAAAUUCUGUUGAGCUUGAAGAUUGGCAAUUUUAUUCUACUGCAUCUGCAAUAGAUAUUCUACAAAAAAUACAUAAGGAUGUAAAUGCUCAUGAAGUGGGUGAUAAAAGUGCCACUUUGAAACGAGAUAAACGUCAAGAACAUAAUAUUUUAGUUGAACACAGUGAAGAUGAUAGUUCAUGGGGCUCAGAUAUUGAUUCAUAUAAAAGUAUAAUAUCUGAAAAAGAUUAUAAAUUUAACAAUAGUUCUGUACCGUAUACUAACAGGUAUUUUGAAAAUAAGAGGAACGCAGUUGGUGAAAAUUAUCUUUCUGAAUUAUACAGUAGUGAUCUACCAAUGUCGCAGGAAUAUGUAACAAAUAAAAUAUAUUUAGAUAGUAAUCUUAAAAUGACAAGACCAGCAUCAAAUAAUUUGAAAUUUCAUGAAAUUGAAGGUAGUACGCAAUCAGAUAGGGUUACAAUAAUAGAAAAAUGUGCAAAUUAUAAUAAUUUGAAAGCUAACGAAAAAGAGUUUGCAUUAUUCGAAAUUGAUAAUCCAGACUUAUGGAAUACAAUUCACGUACAACUACUUGAGAAACGGAGUACACCUGAAGGUAAAACUGUUUGGAAUGAUAUAACAAAGGGAGAACCCGUGAGUAUCGGUUCGCUAUCAUCUCAGUGGACAAAUAAGCAUAUGCACGUACAGUAUCGCCUGGCCAAGUGGAUACCAAGAGAAGACUUUAGCUUGCCUUCUACUUCGUCUUUACGCCUUUUUGUACCAUUAUCUGAUAAUGAUAGAGAAUAUAUAAUUAUACCUAUGGAAGAUGUUUUGAGUAGUGAUGAGGAUGAACAUUUUUCAAUCAACCCUUAUGAAAAUAUGUCUGAUUUUGCAAUAUCUAAUACCCAAAAUAAAAAGCGAAAGCGGAGAGUAUUAGUACAUGUAUCGAGACAGUUAUUGAAUGUUACAAAAGACAGUGUGAACAUUUUAGACAAAACAUCUGAACUUUAUCUUACUCUACCAUAUCGAAAACCACAUCAAGCACAAAUAGAUUUAGAAGCAAAAGCUGACGAAAAUCAAUUAAUUCUCGUGGGUUGUUCUGGUCGCAUUACAACUGUGGUAGCUGAUAGCAGCAGACUCACACGAACUAUACUAACGAUUCAAGCGACUAAUACAGGUUUAGCAGCAGCACGUUUCAGAGUCAAGACACGGAACUGCGAUCCAGAUUUGGAGAACUUAUUAAAAGACGUUGAUAGAGAUAGAGAUGGCUAUAAUGAAUAUUAUGUGGUGCUUGCUCCGAUGUACACCAAACAGUUUCGUCUUGAACUACCCAUUGAUAUUCCUGUGGAUGUCACUCAUUGCUCAGUGGCCUUAAUGAACGAUGAUGAGGAAACAGUAGCUAUAAGAGAUGUCACUAUAAAGAAAGGUGACCGUUGUUUUUGCGUUUGGUACUGUGAUUGCGUUUGUAUGAGCGAAGAUCCCAGAUUGCUGUGUAGAGAGAUGUCGGACUCUAAACGUGUAGCAGCGGGAAUUUUAGCCAGCAUUAAAUCUCGUCAAGUCCGCUCUGUCUGCUAUCCCGAUGUCGUUUACUUGAACCUAUGUGUUAUUACAGUCGGUGUACUUAUAGCACUAUGGUUUCUUGGUUUUCUGAAGGCAUCUGUAGGCCUGGUGUUUCGAUCAGUGGGCGCCUGGGGCUUGGAUCGCCUGCUAUUAAUGCCACGGAAGCUCGAACAUUAUUACGAAAACUCCUUGCGUGACCGACCCGUUGUUUAUGAUGAGCAGGGCUGGCCUGUCCAUCCAGAUACGAAGUUACGUACUGUAAGACUUAUAAACAAAUGGGUAGAGUUCAUAUUGAACAUGAUAAUAUUCAUCGUGGCUCCCUGUCUGAUAGUCUGGGAUACCCUGAAGCAUAUAGCGUCUCAGUGGCACAAAUUACAGAAAAAUACUGGAUCUAAGUCACAGAAUAUGAACACCAAAAAAUGUUUUAGUACACAAGAUUUACAGGGUUUAGAGCGGAGAUGGCGAUAUCGACGUGGAGGUCUACGACGAUGGAUGACACCACAAGCUGAAGACCUCUCAACUGAUAUAUGGUGUAAAGGAUUAACUUCACAAAGAACGGUCAACGGUAUCGAGUUUAUGCGGCCGUUACUUCGCCAAGAGAACCAAACUAGACCAGAUGACACGCACUCUUCUUGUGUGGACUCUGAGCAAGAUGACACUGAAUAUGUACUCAUGCAAAUGCAAAAGAGUCGAGAAUCUCUCGCAAGAAUUCAAUCGAACUCAAAUGUUAAAUCUAUGUCGACUCGAAAACAAAACGAAGUCCAUUGUAGUAACAACUGAUGAAACCGACUGUUACCUUAUUUUAUAGUUUGUUACUGUCUAAUUUGUUUAAUUAUUAUUGUUUAUUUG